UUUGCCUGCAAAAGAGCAAAAGUGUACAAGCCCGCCAAUCACGACUGCCAUGAAAAGUAAAUGGUAACCUGCUGUCCCACCGAAAAACAUUUAUGAUAUAAGGAAAUCUAUUCAAUCUCCAUCAUCGAGCCAGAAAAAUUCAAGUUGCAGAGAAAAAAUGGCGCAGAACAAGGAAGAAAACGUUGUGAUCUUUCCGUUCAUGGCGCAAGGUCAUAUGAUCCCUUUCCUGUCGUUAGCCCUUCAGAUAGAGCAGAAGAAAGGCUACACAGUGACCUUUGUCAAUACCCCACUUAACAUCGAAAAGCUCCGUCACUCUCUUCCUCCGACCACCACCAUCCGCCUCGUCUCACUCCCUUUCUCCGCCGCCGAUCACGGCCUCCCUCCUGAAGCAGAGAGCACCGAUGUCCUUCCAUACCCACUUAUCGUUCGUCUCUUCCACGCAUCCCUUUCCCUCAAACCUUCCUUCACCCGCCUCAUCUCUGAACUCUCCCCUCUCUGCAUCAUUGCAGACAUGUUCUUCUGUUGGAGCGCCGAGGUCGCUAACCAAUUUGGAGUCUUUCAUUCCAUCUUCAACGCCGGUGGUGCUUACGGAAUGGUCCUUUACUACUCCGUCUGGAUUCACCUUCCUCACUGCCACACCGAUUCUGACGAGUUCUCACUUCCUGAUCUCCCCGAAAUCUCCCCAAUCCACCGAUCCCAACUCGCCAAUAACGUCAAGGACGCAAAUGGUACCGAUCCAUGGUCUGUAUUCAUCCAGGGUCAGCUUCAAUUGUGGUUUUCCAGUGAUGGGCUCUUGUUCAAUACAGUGGAGGGCUUAGAUCAGACUGGUUUAAGCUGUUUCAGGAGGAAGAAAACCGGAAUCCCUGUUUGGGCAAUCGGCCCAACUCGUUCAUCGUUAACAGAGAAACCCGGAAACGAUCGCAAUGGCUGCAUCGAUUGGCUGGAUUCCUGUCCCCAAGACUCUGUUUUGUAUGUUUCGUUUGGGUCUCAGAACACAAUUUCUUCUACCCAAAUGAUGGAAUUAGCCAAAGCAUUGGAAGCGAGCAGCAAGAAUUUCAUCUGGGUUGUGAGGCCUCCUGUAGAAUUUGACAUUAAUUCGGAGUUCAUAGCAGAUGAAUGGUUACCAGAGGGGUUUGAGGAUCGGAUUACAGAGCAAAACAGAGGACUAUUGGUGCGUAAAUGGGCACCACAGGUGGAGAUCCUGUCUCACAAAUCAACCAGAGCGUUUAUAAGCCAUUGUGGUUGGAACUCUGUUUUGGAGAGCUUAAGCCAAGGAGUACCGAUCUUGGGAUGGCCGAUUGGAGCUGAUCAGUAUUACAAUUCCAAGCUUUUGGAGGAGGAGGUGGGAGUCUCUGUUGAAAUGGCAAGAGGGAAUCGCAGUGAGGUCAAGCAUGAACAUAUACUGAGAUUGAUAGAUCUUGUAAUGGGUGAGACAGAGAAAGGAGAGAAGAUGAAGAAGAAGGCUUGUGAAGUGAAGGAGAUAAUAAGGGAUGCAAUGAGGGAUGAGGAAAGCUACAAGGGUUCUUCUGUGAGAGCCAUGGAUGAAUUCUUUCAUGCAGCAAUGGCAAUGAAGACCCGGAAGGAGACCCAAGCGUAGACCUAUGAGGGUCCCAUGUGGGGGAUGAUUUCCAUUUUUGGACCUCAUGGGACUUGUCAGCUCUGCAAUGUUAUUGGUGGGGUUUACCCCAUUUGAUGCCCUGUCUCCCUAUUGUCUACAAGGUAUCUUUUACCUUUUUUGAUUAGUAAUAAACUUUUAAGGGUGUGAAUCGGCUAGGAAUCGGUUCUUCGUUUCAGUUCCA